AUGGAGCUCCCAAAUAGUGAGCAACUUAUCCUGCAGGCCAGCCCAUCUGAGAUCGAAGAAUGGAUUGAACGAUUCGAACUGUGGUGCAGCAUUCAUAAAUGUGGCACCCAAAACCAACGAGCUCUAUUCUUCACCGCGGGCUGUCGCGAUCUCUAUUCUCUGUUGAGGAACUUGGCGUUUCAUGAAGCAUCAGCUAAAUUACUGUACGAAGCCCUCAAAUCGUUACUGCUUAACCACUUGCUGCCCACAGAGUUCCAAGCACAUCAAAAGGCCAAAUUCAGUUUGCUGAUUCGUGCUGAACAUAUCUUGUGCCGUGAUUUUAUUCUGCAGCUGAACAAACAGGCAUCACGCUGUAACUGUGGUGAUCGUCUGGAAGAACAACUGCGUGAUCGCUUAGUACCAGGAACCAGCAACCUGACUCUUCAACGGAAGGUGAAGGAGAAGAAGGAUUUACCUUUUGUCGAGGCCCGCAAGAUUGUGAACAAAAUGAUGGCCUGGUGA